UUUAUAUCAGUAUUGCAGUUAAACUAUUUUUGUUUAAGUGGUUCAGUUUUUGUAUAUAAAGCUGAUCCACUGAUGCACCUUACUGUAUACUACAAAUCGUAAACAUGAAGACUACUUUGUUUUUGGCUGUUUUGGCUUGCGUCGGUCUUACCGUCUACGGUCAAAAGAAUGACUUUUUCUGUGACACCUGCGUGUCCUUUGCAACAGCAAUCCAGAAUUUCGUAAAAGAGGAAAUUCCAUUGGACCAAGUAGAAAAAGACGCACAAGCACUUUGUGACCUUCUACCAGGAGAUUUAAAGACUUUCUGUGAGAAAGAUUUGCUUCCAGAAGUCGAAAAGAUCUACAAUGCUGUCAGUUCCACAUCACCUCAAGAAAUAUGUCAAGAUUUGGAAUUGUGUUAGAGACAAAUUAAAGUAAUUGUUGUAAUAUGACUAAAAAGUGUAAGAUAAAUUUUUAAACUUG